GCGUGCCCCCUGGUGAAUGUUUUGGGCUGCUUGGCGUGAACGGCGCAGGGAAGACGACGACGAUGCGCAUGAUCACAGGAGACACUGAAGUGACCAACGGUGACAUCCUCGUCGGAGGAGCCAGUGUGCAGGCCAACCGGGACGCAGCGCGCCGUCGCCUGGGCUACUGCCCGCAGUUCGAUGCCCUGCCAGACAAGCUCACGGUGCGAGAGACCUUGUCCCUCUACGCAAGAAUUC